AUGGAACAUUUACUCAACGAUAACCUUCUGAAGUAUUUUACUCAGUAUGCUUUAAUGGAGGGUAGCACCAGUGCACUGUCCAUUGGUGGGCUGAAAAAUCUACUUCAGAAUCAAUUUGCACAGUACCUGAAGGAUUCAUUCUCACUCGAUAACAUAAUUAAAUCGUUGGACAAAAAUAAUGAUGGAAGUGUCAGCUUUGAUGAGUUUGUGAUGCUUGUAAAAAAGAUAACUGGUACAGGACAGUAA